UUGGUGUGGAGCGGAUGAACUUCCGCUUGGGCUGCAGCCGUGCUGUCACAUCGGGAGGAUGAACAACCAGAAAUGUAGCACCUUAUUUCAGAAACCAAGAGGACGCACGCGGAUUAUACAAUGUAUCUACUUGGUGGGCUUCAUGGACUUGUUUGGCGUGAGCAUGAUCAUACCGCUGCUGAGCCAUCACGUGAAGUCCCUUGGAGCAAGCCCCACUGUGGCUGGUAUUGUAGGAUCUACAUAUGGGAUCUUACAGCUCUUCUCAAGCACACUAGUUGGGAGCUGGAGUGAUGUGGUGGGCCGGCAGUACUCUCUGCUGACCUGUCUGCUGCUGAGCGCUCUGGGCUACGGCCUGCUCGGGAUGUCCACCAGCAUCGCGUUGUUUGUCCUCGCACGGCUUCCUGUGGGGCUGUUCAAGCACUCCCUGUCCAUCUGCAGAGCGCUGCUGUCUGACCUGGUGUCUGAGGCCGAGCGCCCUCUGGUGAUGGGACACUUCAAUGCAGCCUCCAGUGUUGGCUUCAUCCUGGGUCCUAUGGUGGGCGGCUACCUCACGGAGCAUGAAGGCGGCUUUUAUACUUCCUCCUUUACCUGUGCCUUCAUCUUCCUCACUAAUGCAGGGCUUGUAUGGAUGCUGCCGUGGAGCGAGACACUAACUCACCAGAAUGACAAUAAUUCCAGUAAUGACACAAGCAAAGGUUGUCAUGAUAAAAACUGCAGUAAGUUGGUUCGCAAUGGCUCUCAUGCAAAUAGUGACCACUCAGUGUUGGCAGCAGAGACUGUACCAGGGUCCAGAGCUCCUGGGAAGCUCCGAGUUGGUCUGGGGUGUACGGAGGUGUCUCUGCUCCAGUCUGCCUGGAGACAGCUGUCCUCAGUGGGCUCCAAGAUCCAGAUGGUGGCCCUCUCCGACAUGUGGGACCUCUUCCUCAUGCGUCUUUUGAUGGCUAUAGCUAUCAUGCUUUACCACAGUAACUUCUCUCUGGCGAUGGAGGAGCGUUUCUCACUUAAACCGAAGGUGACGGGUUAUCUGAUCAGCUACAGCAGCACCUUAGGGACCCUGGCUGGUUUCCUGGUGGGGCCCGUAACCAACCUGUAUGGGAACAACAUGCCUGCUCUGCUACUCCACUCCACAGUUCUCACCAGUUUACUAAUUUUCCUGUAUGCUGCCGCGCCCAGUGUGUCGCAGGUGCUGCUCACCUCCACCUUCUUUGCCAUUUCCACCACUAUCGGACGGACGUGCAUCACAGACCUGGAGCUGCGUAGAGGAGGGGUCGAGGCCAGUGGGACCCUGAUCGGAGCCGGGCAGUCUGUUACAGCAGUCGGUCGAGUCCUGGCCCCUCUCCUCUCUGGUCUGGCCCAGGAGUUCAGCCCUUGCGGCCCCCCCAGUCUGGGAGUGGUCUUAGCUCUUGCAGCUGUAGGUUUAAUGCUCAUUAGGAUCCCCAAAUGGGAUGGGAAAGGGAUGACAAAAAGCAACAAAGAAAAAGCCAAACUCUGAGUAACUGAAAGAAUUUAAAAUCAUUGCAAAUCUACCACACAGAGAAGUGCUCUUAUUUUGUAGGCAGCCAGUGUGAAGUUUUGUGAAGAUAAACAGCCGACUCACAGUGGGAAUUAUAUGUCCUGCUCGAAUGCCCCUUGCAGUCGUAUCUGUAUAUGCGACAACAUCAUAGGGUCUAAAUGGCUCCUCACCACCAGCACUACAGCAGAUCUCUCAGGAAAAGCAGUUUCAAACUCAAGCACGCCACUGAGGUGAGGUUAUAGCGGAAAAGUUUAAUCUGCUUCCCCCUGUGCUUAAGUUUGACCCAACAGCAACAAAAGGGCCUUUUGUCGGCACAUGCUACUUGGGACAGCUUGGAAACAGUGAACACUUUUAUUUAUAAUGUAUUUCUCUAACCACUACAUUGUACAAAGUACUUGGAGUUACUGUCAACCUGCUGAUGAUACACUAAAGGUCAAAAAAUGUCUAAUUCAUCAAAAUACAAGACAACUACGAUUACCUUUCAGGCAAUAAUGCUUAACACAUUCAUAAAGGGGCUGAACCUAGUUGCUGUGGGGACAUCAGGCUGCCUGACCACACCGAGGUAGAUCACACUGUUAUUGUUUAAGAGUAGACAAGUUAGCCAUAUUUAGUUUACAGUUAGUUUACAUUUUACCUCAAUGCCAGUUGAUUUUAUGAAUGCACUGCAUCCAAAAUGGUUCCUAUAGUGGUAUAUGACCAAAUGUUUCUUUAUUUUACAGUCACAGAGAUUUGUUAAUUUUUCUUAGGAUAUGUUUAAUGAAGAUAUUAAGAAAUUGUUAAGUUUUUUUUUAAAGGGGACAUAUGCUAAUUUUCAUGCUCAUACUUGUAUUUUCAGUUUCUACUAGAAAUUGUUUACAUGCUUUCAUGUUCAAAACACAAUAUUUUUCUCACGUUGUCUUAUUAUACCUGUACCUGUAGUCAUCCUCUGUCUGAAAAGCUCAGUAUUUAGGGCCUUUGUCUUUAAGCCCCCCUCCCAAAAAAGCCCAGGUAAGCCUUUGCAAAGGUUCUCAAGCUGUGGGGGGAGAUUCUUGUUAGCCUUCAUCUGUGUAGGAAGGGGAUCCAAAUCUGAAUGUUUUUUUGCAUCAGGUUUUCUGAUCUAGGCGGCCCAACAAGAACCUGACUGGGUUGUCUUAUUUCAGUUUGUGGGUUGUAGUUUAAAUGAUCUGUCCCCUUUAAGUUAUAUUUCAAUAUAUAUAUAU